CUUCUAUAGUUAAAAAGAAGUUAUGCUUUUAAGGCCCAACUCAAACAACAAACAUAACUACGAAACUUUGACUACUUUGCUACUCGACUGUUGAAAAGCUUCGGUUGAAUCAAUCACGCCGGAAAACAAUUUGGCAACCAUGGACAAGCUAAUUUCCGUCGGAACAAAAGUCGUUGCCGUCGGCAGGAACUACGCCGCUCACGCCAAAGAACUCGGCAACGCGGUUCCAAAGGAACCGGUGUUGUUUUUGAAACCGACGUCGUCAUACUUAGCCAACGGCGGAACGAUCGAAGUUCCGCAUCCAUGGGAAUCCUUGGACCAUGAAGUUGAAUUGGCGGUUGUUAUUAGUAAAAAAGCGCGUGAUGUUACUGAAUCAACUGCCAUGGAUUACAUCGGCGGCUAUGCACUUGCUUUAGAUAUGACUGCAAGGGAAAUCCAAGCUUCUGCAAAGUCUGCAGGUCUUCCAUGGACGGUUGCAAAAGGGCAGGACACUUUCACGCCAAUCAGCUCCAUUCUAUCUUUGUCAAGGGUGCCAGAUCCUCAAAGCUUAGAAUUGUGGUUGAAGGUAGAUGGAGAAAUACGACAAAAAGGCUCGACAGAGGAUAUGAUCUUCAAGAUUCCAUAUUUGAUCAGUCACAUUAGUUCUAUUAUGACACUUUUAGAAGGCGAUGUCAUACUAACAGGAACCCCGAAGGGUGUUGGCCCAGUCAAAGUUGGUCAAAAGAUUGAAGCUGGCAUAACAGGCCUCUUGGAUAUGCACUUUAAUGUUGGAAGACGUCAAAAAACUGUAUAGAAAUUCCAAGUUGAAACUAGUUCAGUAUUUGGUUGCCUGCAUCUGGCUUAAUUGUGUAACUUUCAAACGUGAACUUAAAUAAUUACCUUAGCAUGGAUAUUGUAACAAAUUCCAGGCUCAACAAUUUGUAGCAUUUAAUUGUUUCGAACUAAAUUUAUAUGAGAAUAACCAUCCCAAACACUUGAAUCA